AUGGCUGCACACAGGGACAGCAUCCUCGAACUCUUCGGUGAAGAUGACCUUAUCGAGGUCCAUGUCAACUCGAGCCGAAAUCCUGCCUCGUUUGCCAAUCUCUUCCUCCCAAACCCGAGAAGCACUUCAUCGUCGGCUCAGCCUCGUCCUGUACACCACCAUCAAUCGCGCCGAAGCGAACGACGCCCGCAACCGCAAGGACAGCAGCCACAGCAGCCUGCACCAGUCAUCGACCUCACCGCAGAGCCUGACUCACCCGUCCAAACAAGAGGAUCGUUGCCCCAGAACCGGAGCGGGAGGAACCCCAGGAGGACAAACUCGCAGCGGAUAUCACCUCCACAACUUUCGAGGAGCGACGGGACCUUUUUCGGGCGCACUGCGAGCAUUAUUGAUCUCACCGUGGAUUCUCCCGAGGACGAGCGACCUUCAAACCUCCCCGGCGGGCGAAAUAUGCGACCGCGCCCACGACCCGACGAGCUAAUCGAGUUGGAGUUGAUAAGUUCUAUGCCGCGAGAGCAGUCGGGAAGACGCCCGCCCGCCAGUUUCGCCAUCGGCUUGACUAGGACGAUCGCCGGACUUUUAAGCCGUGAUAUUAUGUUCCCCCCGCCCCAGCUCGACGUCUCGCGAAACGCCUUUGCCCCACGAGAACCCAGCCCGAAGCCGGCCAUGGAACCCAUCCCCCCUGCGCGAGAGGGUUUCACCCGCGACACCUGCACCGAUCCUGAGAAAGAGUCUGAGAGCGUCGUCAUCUGCCCGGCCUGCAGUGAAGAACUGGCUUAUGACCCGACUGGCACCAUGACCCAGAGUUCUGUUGGAGGCAACAAGGGCAAGCGGAAAAGAGCACCAGGAGAGCACCAUUUCUGGGCUCUGAAGAAGUGUGGACAUGUUUACUGCGCCGACUGCUUCGAGAAUCGCAAGCCCACAAAGUCGAACCGUGACGGCGUCGGGUUCCGUGCUCCUGAAGGAAAGCACCCAUACACUGCCGCAAACGACCUGAGAUGCGCCGUGGAAGGCUGCGAGACCAAAGUCUCUUCAAAGACAGAGUGGGUGGGGAUCUUUUUGUAA